GGGAAGUGGAAAUGUUUAUGUCCGGUGUUAUGAAGAUUGAUUAUUGAAUCUAUAUCAAGUAUCUUACAUGUAGUGCACAAUGUCUAUAGACUUUGAUAGUGGAGCAUUGCAAACUCAACACGAAGAUGAAGAAUAUGACAAGGAAGAUUAUGCUAGAGAACAAGAGCUACAGCAGUUGUUAACUGAUCUUCCCCAUGAUCUGCUGGAGGAUAGCCUCCCUUCAUCACCGGAGCCAAACUACAGUGAUUGCAGUGACCAUGACAUCUCACAGUCUAAUCAGCAUUGGGAUACAGAGGCAAGUUGGGGAUUACCUAAUCAGCAAAAAAAUGCAUAUACAACAAAUCAUUGUAACACAGAGUUUGUGUUUAAACAAGGAGAGCCUCUUAGAAACCAAGAAGGUGAUAAGUUAUCAAAUGGUGGAUGGGGAGCUCUUCAUAGUGAAAAUGGACAGAAUGUGUUUGACAGGUACAAGUAUCCUACAGAAGAUACUGAUAAUGAACCAAGUGACCAGGUUUAUCAGAAUGAAGAUUGUUACAGCGUACCUGGCAGUGAAGUGUAUCAUUUACCAGAAGACUUUCAGCCAUAUGACAGUGGGAAACAGAGUGAACAUAUCCCUGCUCCUAAACGUGAACAUUUCCAGAUGUUCAUUGCAUCAGAAGGAGCUGGUAACAAACCUCCAGAGUCUGUUCAAGUAAAAUACAAUCCUUACCCAAUUCUAAAUGGUACCUGCAAGAAUGUGAAUACCCAAGAUCCUCCAAGAAGAGAUGGUCAUUUUGAUGACUUGCAAAGAGAGUUCUUGGAUACAGGUGAAAGUUCUGCUAGCAAUAUGCAAUUUGUUCAGCUUCAAGUUCUGUAUAAAGCAAGAGGCAGGCAGCUUGAAGAAUUAAACGAGAAGUUGGAGGAAAGUGAUCGACAGAUAAGAUACAUGAGUCAUCAGCUUGCAAUUGUUAAAGAUGAGAAAGACGGCUUGGCCAUCAGUUUACAAGAAUCGCAGUCACUGUUGCAAAGUGCCAAAGAGACUGAAGUGCAAUUAAAAGGACAGAUGGCAGCUUUGGAAAAAAAUAUUAAUGUUUUAACCACAAAUGAAGAACAGUUAAGGAAAGAGUUAAAAGUAGCAAAUGUUGCAAUGGAGAGUAUGCAGCAACAGAUCCUGGAUUUGAGACGUUCUGAUACUAUGCAAAGAACAAGAGAACAGCAUGAAGCGGUUGUUACAAUGCUUAAAAAUAAGAAUGAAGACCAAGUAUUGGCAUUGCAGCAGAAAUUGGAUGAUGUUACUAAUGCACUUCUAGAAAAGAGAGAAUUAUGCUGUCGUUUGGAGGAUCAACUAAAGCAAACUGAAAGAAAGCAGGAAGAGAGCAAGAUGGAGAAGACCGAGAUAAUCAACCGGUUAACUAGAAGCCUGGAAGAAAGUCAGAAGCAGUGCGCAAAUCUUUUACAGACAGGCUCUAUACAGGAAGCAAAUCAGUUACGGUUGCAACUUCAACAAUUGCAGUCUUCAAAGUUUAUAAAUGAUGGCAUGAACAAGGCUUUGCAGCAGGAAAUAGAAGAAUUGAAAGAACAAAUAACCAUGUAUGAAUCGGCUGCAAAGCUUGGCAUUUCUAUCAGUAGGGGAGAACCGGAAAACUUUUCUGAUUCAUAUGUAGAUUUGGGAAUAAAAAAAGUUAACUGGCAAAAAUCAAGAUUCCAAAGAACAAUGCAUAAUAAUGAUAUUCCAAAAGAAAUGUCUUCUGAGGAGAUGAUUAUGGAACUUAAAGCAGAACUUGAACGUUGCCUUAAUAGCAAUAAAGCAAAGAGACAUCAGAUAGUUAAUUUACAAUCUGAGCUAAGGGAGCAUCAGUCAAAAGUAGAAGAAUUGAAGUUAUUACUGGAAAAGUCAGAAAGAACAGCAAGAGACUGUAUGGCUAGGACAGAUACUCUGGAGAGUCAGUUGAAUCCUUCAUCUCCAUACGCGCAAGCAUCAAGCGAAACAUUAAAAGAAAUUCAGGAGAUGCAAAGUGAGAAACUGUUGUUGGAGGAAGAAGUUAAGAAACAUUUGUCAUGCAUUAAAGAACUUACUGCAAGUGCGGAGAAAUUGAAGGCAGCCAAUCAGGAACUCUGCAAUGAAAUGAGAGGAAUGAUACUGGAAUUUGAUAGGGAUAAAAGGAAGGCCUUUUCUAGAUGUGAACGAACAUAUGAACAGCACCAUGAAGACAUCAAGAAUAAACUUCACAUGGAAUUGUCUGAAAUUUAUACAGCUGAAAAAGAGCAAUUGUGUCAAUCCUAUGAAGAAAAAAUAUCUCAGUUACAAAUGCAGGUUAAUGAAAUGAAUCAAGAGCUGACUGCUGUGCAGGAGUGUUACAUUGCAGUGUGUAAAGAAAAGGAUUCUUUGGAAGACACUUUAGGAAAUGAUCUGAAAAUGAAACUUCAGGUCCAGGAAGAAAAGAUAAAACACCAAUAUCUUGAGGAGAAGGAAAAUGCUUUGCAAACUCUAAAAGCUGAUCUAGAAGACAAACACCUUUCUACUCUGUCAGAGGUAAAAGCUUUUUGGCAGAAAGAAAAAGAAACUGAGAUGAAUAAGAGAGUUAAUGUUCAAGUUGUAUUAGCCAAAGAGAACUGGAUUAAGGAGCAGCAACAGCUAACUGAAAAAACUAUCCAAGAAAUAGAAAAUAAAUGGAAGGAUAAGCUAGAACAAACCCUGCUCAAUGCCAAGGCUAAGGCUCGGCAAGAUUUAGAAGAUCAUGCUAUUCAGACGGAGGAGUCACAAAUGGUAUUUGUGGCAGAACAAAUCGAUGACUUAAAGUUUAAGCUCCAGAAAGCUUUGGAAGAAAAAGAACAGGCUGUCCGCAAGGUUCAGAUGGAGCUGGAAACGCGUCACCAUGACUCUAUCUCAAAGCAGGUUGAAUUGGCUGUAACUAAAGCUCAGACCAGAUGGCUUCAAGAACUCACCAGUUUAUCUGAGUACAAAGCAAACCUUAAGCUGGAACAAGAGAAGUGGGAAAAAAAAAGCGAACAGAAGAUCAUGGAUGCUCUCAGUGCGGCUGAAGAAAACUGGAGAUGCAGAAAUGAUCACGCUGAUUUUAAUAUAAAGCACAAAGAGCUAGAAGAAAAAUUAGCCUCUGUGAAAAAGGAGCUUGAGUUGAAAAAUGAAGAAUAUCAUGCACUGCUGAAAGUUGAACUAGCCAAGGCACGUGCUCAGUGGAAUAAAGAGAAGCAAGAAGAGAUGCAUCAUUUCCAAUCACAAAAUGAGAAAGAUUACUGUGCUUUCUUGGAUGAUCAUCGGAAUAAAAUCAGUGAAGCGCUUCUAUUAACCAAAGAAGAUUUUGAGAAGCAGAAAAAGGACUUGAUUACCCAUAAAGACGCAGAAAUGAAAGAGCAGUUAGAUCAGCACUUAAAACAAUGGACCUCUGAAGAGUCUCAUAGAUUGCUUGUUCGUGAAAAAGAGAUUUUAGCACAGCUAGAGCAGAUAAUGGGUGAAGUUCCUAAAGAAUUGAUUGACAGAAGUUUUGUUAAUGACAGAUCACAUGUGACCAGCAACUUUGAUGGAAAUUUUUUUGAAAAGUUAAGAGCCUUGGUGCAACGAUCCAUGAAAGUCACGGUUUAUAAAAUUCUAAAAAACCAAAAACAAGAAUUUAAAAAGCAGAAAUAUGAAGAGACUCAAAUGAAUCUAAAAGCAUACACAUCUGAAUGUGAUAGUGCCUCAAACAGAGAUAUUUUAAUAAAAGGAACAAAAGUAACCUGUCUGGAAAAAAACACUCAUGGAAAAAAUGGAACCACAGAAUAUCCUUGUUGUGAGCAUUGCUUCCAGCUGCUAGAAAAGUCAAGGAAAGAAUGUCAUGAACUGCGAAACAAACUUGACAAGGCAUGCCGACACCUUCAACAGGCUGUCAAGGAACAAAAGCUCAAAGCGGAUAAAUUUAGAGAAAAUGAAUCCAUUGCAGAAAAUUUGAGAAAAGAAAAUAGCGAAUUACAAAAAAAACUAGAAGAUACGAAUGCAGUAAUAAAUUCACCAAGCAAUCGUACAGAAGAGGGUUGUGAAAAGAGCUGUUCAUUAUGUAAAGGAAAUGCUUUAGAAGAAAUGCGUACUCAGUACAUUAAAGCUGUGGACAAAAUAAAAAAUGAUAUGCUUCGUUACAUUCAUGAAAGUAAGUCAAGAGCAGCUGAAAUGUUAAAAUCAGAGGUUUUGAGAGAACGUCAAGAAACUGCUCGGAAAAUGCGUAAAUAUUAUCUAACCUGCCUACAACAGCUUUUAAAAGAUGAUGGAAAGAAUGAGGGUGCAGAAAAAAAAAUCAUGAAUGCUGCAAGCAAACUUGCAACCAUGGCGAAGGUUCUAGAAACUCCCAUCUCCCAAAAAAAACAUAGCAAAAAUAUGAGAACAGCUUUCUCACUUUGUGAAGAUGAUAUCACUGAAACAAAACCAGAAACAAAUGAUUUGCUGAAGAGGGGAAUAAAUGUGAUAAGUAAAAGAUCAUCUUAUGAAAAUACUGACCAACAAACUACUGAUGAGUUUAACAAGCAUUGUGUAAGAGAUCAGUCAGAGGUAUUUAAGAACUUACGAUCAGAAGUAGUGAACACUGCCAAACAGAAUGCUGGCACAGUUUCAGAUCAACUUCAAACAGGCCCUGAUCUCAGAAAUGGUCAUGCAGAGCUUAUAAAUACUGGAAAUUAUCCAUUUCUGAAUGGGGUACAUUCAGAUAAGAUAUACAUUCCUAACUGUAAUGAUUCUAAUGCUGUUCAUCUGAAGCUUUUUGAUCAAGGUGAGCCAUCUUUUUUACGUGGCAUUAAAGGUUACAGCUACCAUGGAAAAUCAAAAAACACAUCAGAUCGGCAAAGGUUUGAUCUCCAAGAAACCCCUGUGAGAGACAAAAGUGAUACUUGGAUCCCUGUUAGUUUCAAUGGUCUCAUUCCACAGACUACACUGGGUUUAAAUGUAAAGCCACAAAUGUCAAAUACAGAGAAUUUUGCUGCAGCAGGCUUAUGUCCUCAUGUGGAAGGAAGUCUUGACACAUUUGGCAGUAAAUUUGAAGGUCAAAGUUACUCUACGCACAGUACAAAGAGAAAAGAUCUAAAUCAUGGUACACAACAUUCUAAUAAAAUCCUAGGACUUCCUCCUCCAGCUGUAGAAAACUGUCCGGAUCCAAAAACAUAUUCAGAUGUAAGUCGUGGAAGCAAACCACCUUCAAGGAAGUUAUUGCUGGAUUUCCCAUCUCCCCAACAGGACAGUGGUUUUGACAGCCCGUUACCUAAUUUUAACAGUUUUAAAUAAUUUUCAUGUUGCACUUUUACACAUCUGAAACUCCAAGCAUGCAGACUAACAAAUUGCAUAUGAAAUCUGUUACUUAGGCAAUUGAGUUUAAAUUAUUUUCAUUAUUUAUAAUAAGCUAUUUAUAAAGACUGUUUUCCUCAAAAUUGUGUUUGCACUUUUUUAUACAUUUUAUGUAAAGUUGUUUAAAUGUGUAUUUUCUUUAUAAAUCUAUUUUUAUACCUAUUUUCUGUAUGUUCUUUUGUUUUAUAUAAAUUAUUUGAAAAAUAAAAUAAUUUGAAUUA